AAACUCUCGAGAAAGCUCAAAAAUAUUUAAAGGAAACAAUAAAUUAUUGGAACGAUUUAGCUGAUAAUAAUAUUACAUUUGAUUUGAAAAAAUGGAUAUAUUGUCAUACGGCUGAUAAUUCAUUGGAUUUAUAUCUAGGAACAAAAGGCUAUGCUAUGGCUAAAUAUCAUUCAGAUUUAACAGGCAAAAAAGCUGAUAUCCCUGAUCAAGAUAGAGAUUUUAUUGAUUGUUUGAUUCGAUAUGGAGAAGGCUAUAUCUUUCAUCUAUUCAUUGGUGCAUAUGCAAAAUAUAUUCCUUUUAUUAAUAAAAUCGCCAAAGAUUAUGUUGAUAAUAGAGACAGAUAUUGGAACAUAUUGUAUAAUGCUAUUCGUGAACGAAAGAAGGUUAUUGAAAAUACCCCAAAAGAUCAAUUAAAAAAUGAUAUGAUGAAUUUAUUUUUAACAAUUAAUACUGAACAAUAUAUUAGUAAGAAAAAAGAUUUAAGUCCUAAGUAUCAACGUUCAAUGAGUGAAAAAGAAACAAUGGUUAAUAUAUCAGAAGCUAUAGCAGGAGGUACUGAUUCAACUGCGGGUAUCAUUGCUUUCACAGCAUACUUUCUUGCUAAAUACCCAGAAGUGGUAACUAAAAUACGCGCUGAAGUGGAAGCUAUUCUUGGAAAAGAUCCUCGUCCAAUAAAGUUGGAAGAUGUUGAUAAGUUUAAAUAUGUUGAGGCUGUAAUAAAAGAAACAGCUCGCAUAAGUUCAACUACACCUCUUCUUGAUCGUUUUAAUGAUGCACCUGAUGAAGUAGCUGGUUAUCAUUGGCCUGCCAACACUCAUUUUAUUAUGAAUUCUUGGGGAACUCAUAAUGACAAAAAAUACUGGGAUAAUCCCGAAAAAUUUGAUCCUGAUC